CACAGCAGCAGCACGCGCACCCAAUGAAACUCUAUGUUCUAAGCACUGUGAAGCAAAGGCUGCACUCCGUGGCACAGUCCUUUCGCAGGGAGUCCGCCAUUGUUGGACGACCGUGUUCGUUAGUGAGGAAGGAAAUCCAUAGUAAUCCAACAUGGUGAACUUCACGGUAGAUGAGAUUCGUGUGAUGAUGGACAAAAAGCGGAAUAUCCGCAAUAUGUCCGUCAUCGCACACGUGGAUCACGGAAAAUCAACACUGACAGACUCCCUGGUGUCAAAAGCUGGUAUUAUUGCAAGUGCUAAAGCUGGUGAGACACGGUUUACAGAUACGAGGAAAGAUGAACAAGAACGCUGCAUUACCAUCAAAUCAACUGCAAUAUCUAUGUUCUUCGAGCUUGAAGACAAAGACUUGACUUUCAUCACAAACCCUGAUCAGCGAGAGAAAGGAGAGAAGGGCUUUCUUAUUAACCUGAUAGAUUCUCCUGGACACGUAGAUUUCUCAAGUGAAGUAACUGCAGCUCUCCGUGUUACUGAUGGUGCCUUGGUUGUUGUGGAUUGUGUGUCAGGUGUGUGUGUACAGACUGAGACUGUUUUGCGUCAAGCAAUUGCUGAACGAAUUAAGCCUGUCCUGUUCAUGAACAAGAUGGACCGUGCCCUCCUUGAGCUGCAGUUGGAGGCUGAGGAAUUGUACCAGACAUUCCAGCGUAUUGUAGAAAAUGUGAAUGUCAUUAUUGCCACUUACAGUGAUGAUUCUGGUCCCAUGGGUGAAGUGAGAGUAGAUCCCAGUAAAGGAAGUGUUGGCUUUGGGUCAGGAUUGCAUGGUUGGGCCUUCACUCUAAAGCAGUUCUCAGAAAUGUAUGCUGAAAAGUUUAAGAUCGAUGUAGUAAAGCUAAUGAACAGGUUGUGGGGUGAGAAUUUCUUCAAUCCAAAGACAAAGAAAUGGUCAAAACAGAAGGAAGUGGACAACAAGCGUUCUUUCUGCAUGUAUGUCCUGGAUCCAAUUUACAAGGUAUUUGAUUCAAUCAUGAACUAUAAAAAAGAGGAAGCUGCAAGUCUCAUGCAGAAGCUGAACAUUGAACUUAAACCUGAAGAUAGGGAAAAAGACGGCAAGGCCCUCCUCAAGGUUGUGAUGAGGACCUGGCUCCCAGCAGGUGAAGCUUUGCUUCAGAUGAUAGCAAUUCAUCUGCCAUCUCCUGUGGUUGCACAGAAAUACAGAAUGGAAAUGUUGUAUGAAGGUCCCCAUGAUGAUGAAGCAGCAGUUGGUGUCAAGAACUGUGACCCCAAUGCCCCAUUGAUGAUGUAUAUAUCAAAAAUGGUGCCAACAUCUGACAAAGGUCGUUUCUAUGCCUUUGGUCGUGUCUUCUCUGGAAAGGUUGCAACUGGCAUGAAGGCACGCAUAAUGGGACCCAACUAUAUUCCAGGAAAGAAGGAAGACUUGUAUGAGAAAGCAAUUCAGAGAACAAUUCUCAUGAUGGGCCGUUACGUUGAAGCGAUUGAAGAUGUUCCAAGUGGAAAUAUCUGUGGUUUGGUUGGUGUUGAUCAAUUCUUGGUGAAGACUGGCACAAUUACCACAUUUAAGGAUGCACAUAAUAUGAGAGUUAUGAAAUUCAGUGUAUCUCCUGUUGUGCGGGUAGCUGUGGAACCGAAGAACCCUGCAGAUCUACCAAAGCUUGUGGAAGGUUUGAAGCGCCUUGCAAAAUCAGACCCCAUGGUGCAAUGUAUCAUUGAGGAGUCUGGUGAACACAUCAUUGCAGGAGCUGGCGAACUGCACUUGGAAAUUUGUCUGAAGGAUCUUGAGGAGGACCAUGCUUGUAUUCCCAUUAAGAAGUCUGAUCCUGUAGUGUCCUAUAGGGAGACUGUUUCUGAAGAGUCAGAUCAGAUGUGCCUUUCAAAGUCGCCCAACAAGCACAACAGGCUUUUUAUGAAGGCUGUCCCAAUGCCAGAUGGCCUUGCAGAAGACAUUGACAGUGGAGAAGUAAACCCACGUGAUGAGUUCAAGGCUCGCGCUCGUUAUUUAAGUGAAAAGUAUGAGUAUGAUGUUACUGAAGCCCGUAAGAUCUGGUCAUUUGGACCUGAUGGAACUGGUCCAAAUCUGUUGUUAGAUUGUACUAAAGGUGUCCAAUACCUGAAUGAGAUAAAGGAUUCUGUUGUUGCUGGGUUCCAGUGGGCUACGAAGGAGGGUGUGCUUGCAGAAGAAAACAUGAGGGGGGUGAGGUUUAACAUCUAUGACGUCACCCUUCACACAGAUGCUAUACACAGAGGUGGCAGCCAAAUUAUUCCAACAACAAGACGAUGUCUGUACGCUUGUGUCCUUACCGCUCAACCUAGAUUGAUGGAGCCAGUGUACCUUUGUGAAAUUCAGUGCCCAGAGGUUGCAGUUGGUGGAAUCUAUGGUGUGCUUAAUAGGCGACGUGGCCAUGUAUUUGAAGAAAUGCAGGUAGCUGGUACACCCAUGUUUGUUGUGAAGGCAUAUCUUCCUGUAAAUGAGUCUUUUGGAUUCACUGCUGAUUUGAGAAGUAAUACUGGUGGCCAGGCAUUCCCACAGUGUGUAUUUGACCACUGGCAGAUCCUUCCAGGUGACCCACUGGAAAGUGGUACCAAGCCAUAUGGUGUUGUGCAGGACACACGUAAGAGGAAAGGGCUGAAGGAGGGUCUCCCUGACCUUACGCAAUACUUGGAUAAAUUGUAAAGUUUGAGCAGCUUAGGUGUAUUAUAAAAACAUAAUUUAAUCAAUCAACAUUGCUGUUAAUUUCAUCCUCAUGAACAGCAAGUAAAGAGGGCUUUCCAUUCAGUGAUAGUUUAUGAAGUUUACAGAUUGCUUGAAGAUUCUAUGCAACUGUAUGAAGCUAAAAGCUGAUACCAUGUUCCCAAAUAAAAUCAGUGGAAAUGUGAAUUAUUUUUCUUUCUGUACACACACCAUUCCUGUCAGUUAUACAUUUGAGUGGGCACUUCAGGAAAAGAGGUAAUUUGUUAUUUGUAAGAACUGUUUCUUUUUGUGAUCAUUUAUGUUGUGAUAAUAAAAACAUUUUAUUUACAAGCA